AUGGUUCGGACGGUUGCACCUUUUUCUGCGCUGCUACGAGCCUUGAGCUUAACACAAGCCUUUCAAAAACCGACACCGGGAUUUGUACCUUCUCUUGCUGAUUCACCUACUACAGCCCACCAGAGCGUGAAAGCAAGGGACGGGUACGGCUAUCCUCAACCGUCCCCUGGUUACGUGCCGUAUCCUUCUCCGAAUUCUUCAGGAACUUCCUACAUACAAACGGAUUCAAGCCCGUGCAACGUGAAUUUCUACUCGACGCCAUUGGUCGCAAACCAAUCUUUUCCACCAUUUGAUCAGGCAAAGGCUACCGUGUAUCGAUACAGGGAACAGCAGUCAGUGAAUCUGGGAUCAUGGUUCGUUCACGAGAAUUGGAUGACACCCUCUGUGUUUGCUUGCGCAUCUGGGCAACAGCUCUCCGAACUGGACAUUGCUUCUGGCUGGAAUUCUACCACAUCUGCUCGAGCUGUCUUGGAGCACCAUUGGGAUACUUUUAUAAACCAGUCUGACUUCGAGUACUUAGCUAGCAUCGGCAUCAAUACUGUCCGAAUUCCUAUUGGGUACUGGACCUUAGGCCCCGAUUUUUGCCAGGGGACUCCGUUCGAAAACGUUUCUGACGUCUAUCAAAACUCCUGGCCUAGACUUACUCGUGCAAUCAAUUGGGCCGGCCAAUCCGGGAUUGGUGUUCUUGUUGAUUUGCAUGGUGCACCUGGAAGUCAGAACGGACAGCCGCACUCUGGUAUCUCAGACGGCAUUACCGGCUUAUUCGACAGCCCUGCCUAUACGAAUCUCACAAUUACAGUGCUGACGUUUCUCAUGGAACAGCUCAUGAACGUGACGAACGUCAUUGGGAUUGAGCUUUUGAACGAACCUCAAGACGUUCCACAACUCCCCGACUUUUAUAUGAAUGCCAUCUCCUCCAUGAGACAAGUGUCUCCAGCGACAGCAUCCUUUCCUCUCUAUAUACACGAUGCGUUUAACCUUGCCCAAUUCACUACCUUGGUUGCCAAUUUAAUGGGAUUUACGGUAGUGGAUCACCAUUCUUACUUCGUGUUCACUCCCUCGGACAACACAGAGCCUGCCUCACAGCAUACGAGCGACAUUCAAGGCUCAAUCGCAGACUCCUUGAGGUCUGCGGCGUCCCAAGCACGGAAUAACUUGGUCGUUGACGAAUGGUCGUGCGCGCUAACUCCGCAGAGUUUGGCUGGUGAAUCCAAUCCGGAUCAGGCACGCAGAGAUUUCUGCAUAGCGCAGUUAGACACAUACACUAAUGCAACUGCAGGAUGGGGAUUUUGGUCUUACGACAAAGAGGAUUGCUCUGAUGACCCCGGGUGGUGUUUCAAAGCAGCAGUGGGCAACAGUCUCCCCUCGACGUUUUUCUCUUACGGCCAAGGCCCGUUGACCAGUCCGGCGCAACUACCAAAUCUUACUGAUCUUAUGGGAGACAUGAAUGCGCCGUCUGCCGCUAUAAUUGCCAGCUCACAAGCUUCCUCCACCCCAUCCUAUGACGCAGCGUCACCGAUACAGCAAGGUGAGGACCCGGACAUCACGCCCGCUCUCAUGCACCGUAGAAGUUGGUUGCGCAACCAACGACCCGCUGGAUCAUCAUGGAGGAACAAACCUGAAUCCCUGCUUGCCCUACAAACCUACAAACGUCGGCAAAUUGAUGGUGCGACCGGGAUGUCUCCAGCCCAACGAUCUAUUGCGCGAGGUUACUCGGAUGGGUUUCUGACGGCUAAGAUCUUUGCAUUGUAUGGUAUGUCCAAACUAGGCUUUAUCGGACAGUAUACCAAUGACAGUAUCGCAAAACUGGGUCCGAGUGUCGUGAAACCUGGAACGGAGGGUCAAUACCAGGAAUGGUUCUUGCAGGGCUUGCGGGACGGGGAGAAUAUUGUGACGUCUCAUGUUGGUCAAUCGACGAAUUGA